CCCGCCCCCGCCCGCCUCGGCUCCCGCAGCGCGAGUGUGUCCGCCUCGCUCAGUGUGCGUGGAGAUUAGGUCCCAGGCAGGCAGUCCGCGAGCUCCAGCCGCCGCCGCCGCCUCCAGCAGCAGCUAUCGCGAACAGCGCCGCGGCGGAACCGGGCGCAGGGGAGCGAGCCCGGCCCCGCCAGCCCAGCCCAGCCCGGCCCGACUCCCUCCCCACGCCGGGGCAGGAGCAGCAAGCAGCCGCCACCGCCGCCGCCGCCGGGAGAGAAGGUGGAGGAAGAAAUCCAGCUCGUAGCACGCGCGCACCAUCAUGGACCAUUAUGAUUCCCAGCAAACCAACGACUACAUGCAGCCCGAAGAGGACUGGGAUCGGGACCUGCUCCUGGACCCGGCCUGGGAGAAGCAGCAGAGAAAGACGUUCACAGCAUGGUGCAACUCCCACCUCCGCAAGGCGGGGACGCAGAUCGAGAACAUCGAGGAGGACUUCCGGGAUGGACUGAAGCUCAUGCUGCUGCUAGAGGUCAUCUCAGGGGAGCGCUUGGCCAAGCCGGAGAGAGGCAAAAUGAGGGUGCACAAGAUCUCCAACGUCAACAAGGCCCUGGAUUUCAUAGCCAGCAAGGGGGUCAAGCUCGUGUCCAUCGGAGCUGAAGAAAUUGUGGAUGGGAACGUGAAAAUGACCCUGGGCAUGAUCUGGACCAUCAUCCUCCGCUUUGCCAUCCAGGACAUCUCUGUGGAAGAAACUUCCGCGAAGGAAGGGCUACUCUUGUGGUGUCAGAGAAAGACCGCCCCCUACAAAAACGUCAACAUCCAGAACUUCCACAUAAGCUGGAAGGAUGGCCUUGGCUUCUGUGCCUUGAUCCACCGACACCGGCCUGAGCUGAUUGACUACGGGAAGCUGCGGAAGGACGACCCACUCACAAAUCUGAACACAGCCUUUGAUGUGGCAGAGAAGUACCUGGACAUCCCCAAGAUGUUGGAUGCUGAAGACAUCGUCGGAACCGCCCGCCCAGAUGAGAAAGCCAUCAUGACUUACGUGUCCAGCUUCUACCAUGCCUUCUCUGGAGCCCAGAAGGCGGAGACAGCAGCCAAUCGCAUCUGCAAGGUGUUGGCCGUCAACCAGGAGAACGAGCAGCUCAUGGAAGACUAUGAGAAGCUGGCCAGCGAUCUGUUGGAGUGGAUCCGCCGCACCAUCGACAUCAACAAUGCCUGGGGCUGCCUAGAGCAGGCGGAGAAGGGCUACGAGGAGUGGCUGCUGAAUGAGAUCCGGAGGCUGGAGCGGCUCGACCACCUGGCAGAGAAGUUCCGGCAGAAGGCCUCCAUCCAUGAGGCCUGGACGGACGGCAAAGAGGCUAUGCUCCGGCAGAAGGAUUAUGAGACUGCCACCCUCUCGGAGAUCAAGGCCCUGCUCAAGAAGCACGAGGCUUUUGAGAGCGACCUGGCUGCCCACCAGGACCGGGUGGAGCAGAUUGCUGCCAUUGCGCAGGAGCUCAAUGAGCUGGACUAUUAUGACUCACCCAGUGUCAAUGCCCGGUGCCAAAAGAUCUGUGACCAGUGGGACAAUCUGGGAGCCCUAACCCAGAAGCGGAGGGAAGCUCUGGAGCGGACAGAGAAACUGCUGGAGACCAUUGACCAGCUGUACUUGGAGUAUGCCAAGCGGGCUGCACCCUUCAACAACUGGAUGGAGGGGGCCAUGGAAGAUCUGCAGGACACCUUCAUCGUGCACACCAUCGAGGAGAUCCAGGGACUGACCACAGCCCACGAGCAGUUCAAGGCCACCCUCCCUGAUGCCGACAAGGAGCGUCUGGCCAUCCUGGGUAUCCACAACGAGGUGUCCAAGAUUGUCCAGACCUACCACGUCAACAUGGCGGGCACCAACCCCUACACAACCAUCACUCCUCAGGAGAUCAAUGGCAAAUGGGAGCACGUGCGGCAGUUGGUGCCUCGGAGGGACCAGGCCCUGACGGAGGAGCACGCCCGCCAGCAACACAAUGAGAGGCUACGUAAGCAGUUCGCAGCCCAGGCCAAUGUCAUCGGGCCCUGGAUUCAGACCAAGAUGGAGGAGAUCGGGCGGAUCUCCAUCGAGAUGCACGGGACCCUGGAGGACCAGCUCAGCCACCUGCGACAGUAUGAAAAGAGCAUCGUCAACUACAAGCCCAAGAUCGACCAGCUGGAGGGUGACCACCAGCUCAUCCAGGAGGCCCUCAUCUUCGACAACAAGCACACCAACUACACCAUGGAGCACAUCCGUGUGGGCUGGGAGCAGCUCCUCACCACCAUCGCCAGGACCAUCAACGAAGUGGAGAAUCAGAUCCUGACCCGAGAUGCCAAGGGCAUCAGCCAGGAGCAGAUGAAUGAGUUCCGGGCCUCCUUCAACCACUUCGACCGGGAUCACUCCGGCACGCUGGGUCCCGAGGAGUUCAAAGCCUGCCUCAUCAGCUUGGGUUAUGAUAUUGGCAACGACCCCCAGGGAGAGGCAGAAUUUGCCCGUAUCAUGAGCAUCGUGGACCCCAACCGCCUGGGGGUAGUGACGUUCCAGGCCUUCAUCGACUUUAUGUCUCGGGAGACCGCCGACACAGACACAGCGGACCAAGUCAUGGCUUCCUUCAAGAUCCUGGCUGGGGACAAGAACUACAUCACGGUGGACGAGCUGCGCCGAGAGCUGCCACCCGACCAGGCCGAGUACUGCAUCGCGAGGAUGGCCCCCUACAGCGGCCCUGAUGCUGUGCCAGGCGCUCUGGACUACAUGUCCUUCUCCACGGCGCUGUACGGCGAGAGUGACCUCUAACGCGCCCGCCCAGGCCAGCGCCCUCGCCCUGCCCGCUGUGCGCCCCCCCCCCCCCCGCCCUGCGCCCCUGCUGCCCCCUCUCCCGCCGGGAUUUGGUCUCCUCGCUCAGCCUCGAGCCCGGCGAGCCGGGACCCACGUGGCAUCGAGCCUCCCUGCCCGCAAAGUGACAGUUUACAAAAUUAUUUUCUGCAAAAAAGAAAAAAAAAGUUAUGUUAAAAAAAGUAAAAAAAAGCCAAAAAACCACAUAUUUUAUUAUAGAAAAAGUAUUUUUUUCUCCACCAGACUUAAAUGGAAAAGAGGAAAAAUUAACUGUUUGCACCGAAAUGUUUUGUUUUGUUGUGACAUAGGACAAUAACCAAGCACAAUGUUCUAUUCUGUACUUUUUAUCGAUUUUUUUUUUUCUCUCUGUAUCAUCUGCUGUAUUCAUUUCUCCAAUCUCAUGUCCACCUUGAUGUGGGAGCGGGGGGUGGGGUGGGGGUAGGGGGGUAUCUCAUCAGAAGGCACAUUGGUGCAUGUGUGUUUGCUAGCUCACUUGUCCAUGAAAAUAUUUUAUGAUAUUAAAGAAAAUCUUUUGAAA